AUGGGCGAGGCAAGCAACAGGCACUGCACCCAAGCACGGUGCAGACCCCACGGCAAUGAAGCCACGUGUCCGGGGAGGACAUUCCUGUACUGGAUCGGGCCAACCCCUGCGAUCUUCUCAGUUGAUUUAGAGCUGAUUAAGGAAGUGCUUACAGACAGGUCGGGCCUGUUUGCCAAGGACUUCAUGAUCCCCGUCUUCAAAGUCCUGCUGGGCAACGGGCUCAUACUAGCAAACGGCGACGACUGGAAACGGCACAGGAAAGUUGUCCUUCCAGCCUUCAACCACGACAGGAUCAAGAGCAUGUCGGCAGUGACGGCAGAAGCUACGGAACAGAUGGCGCGGCGAUGGUGUGAGCAAAUACUGCACAGCGGUGCUCGUCAAGCAGCGGAGAUACAAGUGGACCGCGCCAUCUGCGACCUGACCGCAGAAAUCAUCGGCCGCGCCGCUUUCGGCACCAGCCACCAGGAAGCCGGCGAGGUCCUCGUCCUGAUGCACGAGAUGCAGAAGAUGGGCGCCGCGGCCAUGUUGGAUGGCCCCAUACUCUGGAGCAAGAUCACGGCGAUGAUGCCGGCGCGGGUGGCCGCCGCCAAUUGCGGCGCUGGCUACGGCGACGACCUGCUCGGGCUCCUGCUGGAGGCGUGGUCGCCGGAGCCGGAGCGGCAAGCUGGGAGCGACGACGACGAAGGGACGACGACGACGCUGACCACCGGGGAGGUGAUCGACGAGUGCAAGACCUUCUUCGGCGCCGGGCAGGAGACCACCGCCACCCUCCUCGUGUGGACCGUGUUCCUGCUCAGCACGCACCCGCAGUGGCAGCACAAGGUCAGGGAGGAGGUCCUCCGCGAGUUCCCCGGCGGCGACGGCGACGUUCCCAACUCCGACACCCUCUCCAGACUCAAGUUGGUGAUAAUGGCGUCUUGCUUCGGCAUAGCCCAAAAGGAAAACGAGACAGAGCAGGCAAAAGAAGACAGAUACCUCAGCGUACUUGACCUUAGGGAGUUGCGCAAGACAGAGCAGGCAAAAGAAGACAGAUACCUCAGCGUACUUGACCUCAGGGAGUUACGCAAGCCGGCGGGACCUCCUGGGAGGCGAGGGAACCACGACUGCGUCCUCGAUGAUCCUGCGCCUCUUCGGCUUCUGCUCACAAAGGGUCAGUCAGACUAA